UAUACGUGUUUUUCACAAAUUUCUGUCACGUGCUGAGCUUUCCGUUCUUCAAUUAUGAAUUAAUUUAUUCAAAUAAAAGCUCUAUAUCUAUAAGGGAAUACCUGUAAUAUAUAUCAAGCAUACGGCAGCGCUGAUAGUGAUUCACGAAUAUGGCAGUUCCACCUGAGGAUCAAAGGAGUGAUAAGAAGAUUGUGUGGCCGAAGAUGGUGUGGGCAAAUGUUGACUACAUCAUUCGAAUAUGCAUUGUGAUAUAUGUUGCGGAUUUCCUGCAGCGAGUUUUCUAUGUAUCAAAGGAAUAUCUGUUACACAUAUAUCUAGCGUUACUUGUGGUAUUUACGGGCCUGACGCGUUUUGGAAGCACCCACAAUUUAGCUCGUUUGCUGCCCAGAGGCGAAACGCUUUUUCUUAUUCCACUGUAUUGGAUUUUAACCUACGUUCAGUUGAGCCAUAGUUCAUUGAGCUAUGCCCACUGGAUACGCGAUUCUCAUGGCCUAGACUAUGCAGCUGGCAUGGCAUCGAACUACUUCCAUGGCUAUCUGAAACUCUCGUUGCCAGAACGUGAUAAUGAUGGCUUACAGAAGCGAAUGCAGCAAUAUGAAGAUACACAUCAAGUAAAAUUCGGGAUGAAUUGUUUACUCAUACUAAUUCCAGAUGAGAUGUUUGUUAAUCGCGUUAUACGCAGCAAGUGGUUAGAGGAAGCUGAACCCCUGCAAACACAAUAUAUCAAUAGGGCAGGCGUAAAACGGCCAUUCAAGCAUGCGGUCUAUAGACUGAAUAAGAAAAUUAACGGCACCACAUACUACUUUGCGAUGGAGGGUGCAACACCUAUGCUAACGUUUUUCGAUUCAAUGAACUUCCAAUUGUCGGCCACUUGGCAAAUGCAGGAAAUGAAACGCGAAAUCUGGUUGAAAUUUUGUAAACAUCUCCAAGAUCUUCUGAACAACUGGCCGGAGACACGACGAGAAGUUCAACUGAUAAUAUAUAAUUCUCACAAGCCAAACGGAGAGCUGCAUGAUGUUGGCGAGGAGCUAAUCGCUCGCGUUUUGGCGCACAUUGAAAAGGAGAAAACAAAUUGACUUGAAGAAUAACUUAAUUUUUUUAAGGCUGAAUGAAAUACGAAUACGCAGGUUUAAGCCAAGCAAAGUUUUAUAUUAUUAAUA